AUGCCUCACGUGUCUGCUGAAGAUGUCGAUCCUUCGGGGGCUGGGGACAGUGAUAACCGCCCCCAGCGCCUGCUGCAGAAUGGCCAGCGCCAGGCCCCGGCGGGAGGCCAGCCCCCGCCCCCCCUGACGGUCCUGGACAGGCUCCUGCUGACCCAGGGGCUCUGGCAGUUGCUCGGCCUGGGCCCGGAGCAAGCCACGGAGCUGCUGAGGAUGCAGCCGCCUGGGACAUUCCUGGUGACCGACGCGGGGAGCGGGGAGCUCAAGGCGCUGUCGGUGCAGAGCAGUGGAGAGGGGCAUGGAGCCGGAGGCGUCUGCUGUUUCAAGAUCCAGGAGGACGGCUCGGCUGUUUGCCUGGAAGGGUCCCAACUGCGUUUCCUGGGCCUACUGGAACUGGUUGCCUUCCUCUCCGUGAGCAGGGACGUGCUGCCCCUCCCGCUGCGGCUCCCAGCUACCUUGCAACGCCUCGGCAGGGCCGAGCUGGACGCCUGUGCGGCCCUGGGCAUGAGGUUCUGGAGUCCUCCCUUUAAGCCGUCGGCCUCAGGCGAGGAGGAGGAAGAGAACAUGGGGUCCAGCCCUGAGCCCCCCAGCUCCCCGGAGAGGAGUGGCCCGGCCUGCUGCAUCCGGGUGACGUCGGAGGACGGGGCACUCUGCAUCAUCAACCCGCUCUUCCUGUCGGAGCACAGCAGCGAGGGCUGGCUCCCCGCCGGGGUGCCGUCCCCGUUCCACCCGCCCGAGAGAGGGGGCACCAUCCGGCUGAGGAACGGGCAGGGGCCCGGUCUGUUGGACAAGCCGCUGGCGCCCGCCGCCACCGAGACGGACCAGCUGGGAGCCCCGGAGCCCGGGAAAGAGGGGGAGCAGGGCAAAGGUGAUGAUGCCCCCCCGGCCUCCGUGAAACGGAAGCUGCUGGUGCGCCGGCCGGCCUGGAACAUGUCCGAGGACUCGUCGUCCCCGCCGCCGGCCGAGCGGCAGGAGGGCCCGGCCUCCCCGCACCGGGUCUCUUGGAUCGAGGGGGCCUCGGACGCCCCCUGGGCGCUGAAGAAGUCCCACUCGGAGUCCUCGCUGCUGGGCCCCCGGGACAGCCUGCUCCUGCCGCCCAUCCCGGAGCUGGACUCGCUGUCGGUCAGCAGUGUGGAAGAGGAGGCCGACGCCCACCCGGCCACGCCCCGCAAGAAGCACCAAUCGGCGGCGCUGCCGGGCCGGGUCCUGCACCGGCUGUCGGCCGUGGGCAGCGCCCUGACCAGCUUCCUCUCGGCCGAGCGCCGGCUGGCCAAGCGGGUCCAGGAGCUGACGCAGGAGCCGGCCUCCUACGUGGGGGGCCUGGUGCAGAACUUCGUGGGGCACGUGCUGCGGGGCGGGGCGGCCCGGCACCCCACCAGCACCGACCUGCUGCAGGAGAUCCGCCAGAUGAUCAGCAGCCUCAAGGGUUACCUGUGUGAGAGCUCGGAGCUGCAGGACGCCUGGGAGUACGGGGACCUCGAGGAGAUGGACCUGGGCUCCGUGGUGGAGGCGGCCCUGUACAAGUGCGUCCUGAAGCCGCUGCGGGACUGCGUCUACGGGCAGCUCCUGGACUUCCACAGCCGGGACGGGAGCCUGCAAAAGCUGCGCGAUCACCAGCUGACCAUGAGUCACCAGAGCCUGGCGGAGCUGGGGGUGACGGCCAGCGUCCCCGACGCCCCGGCCCUCGAGCGCAUCCAGGCCAAACUGCUCCAGAUGCACCAGGCCUACUCGCCCAAGAAGAAGGAGGCCCAGCUGCUCAAGGCCUGCAAGCUGAUCUACGAGGCCAUGAACCACGGCACGGGCGGCAAGGAGGUCUACGGGGCGGACGACUUCCUGCCGGUGCUGACCUACGUCCUGGUGAAGUGCGACAUCGUCUCGGUGCAGCUGGACGUGGAGUACAUGAUGGAGCUGCUGGACCCCAGCCAGCUACAGGGAGAAGGCGGCUACUACCUCACCACCUGGUUCGGGGCUCUUUACCACAUCAGCAACUUCCAGUCAGCCAUGGUAACCCGGCAGAUCAGCAUCGAAGCGCAGGACUCCAUCCACCGGUGGCAGCGCCGGCGCACCAUCCACCACAACCAACACAGCCGGCGCCGCUCCCAGGACAUCUUCUACGUCUCCUUCCAAGAGCCCUUCGCGAACCAGAAGGCCAUCCCCGUCCCCACCCACAUGACAGCGGCCUCAGUGUGCGUGAUCUGCAGCAAGAAAUAUGGCGUCUCCAACCCGGAGGCCUAUGGUCUCUUCCUGGUGACGGACAGCACCUCCCGCCUCCUGGCGGGGGACAGCCGCCCCCAGCAGAUCCGCUCGGCGUCCCUCAAAUCCCACUGCAGCUCCAGCUGCUUCGUUUACAAGCUGAAGGGAGAGGAGCCGGAAGCCCCAUUGGAGGGCGACGGCCCAACUCCUGCUCAGGAACCCAUAUAA